UCCACCUCGCAGUCCCGGACCACAAGCACAACCCCUGAAGAGAAACCCACCCCACAAAGUGAGUGAUCUCAAAGGCUUGAACUCCAAGCAAAGCCGCAUGAGCUCAGAGCUGCUGCAGGACUGAGGAGCCCGGGCCCCAAAAGCGGCGCUUUUUUGGGAGCGGGGAACGCCGCUUUUGGGAAUUCCCACAGCCAUGAAGUGGAGGCAGCUCCUGGGCAUCACCAUCUGCGUGCUGGAGCUGGCUGGCUGCGCUGCCAGGAGCACGGCAGACACCCCCACACCGACGGCAGCGAGGGACGGCAGCAGUGGGACAGCCAGCGCCGCCAGCACAGCCACGGGACACGCCAGCACCGCCAAACCAACCUCUGCUGGAACCGUGGCCGGGUCCGUGGCCACCAGCCCGACAUUGACAGGGCUCCCAGAGCAGCUGAGGACGAGCCCCCAGCCCAGCCCGGCCCCCACCUCACUGCCGGACACCUCGGCGGGGCCACACGGGAGCCCGGGGGUCUCCACUGCCCGGGACCCCCCGACACAGCCCAGGGACACAGGGACAGACACCGCGGCCUCCACGGUGACCGGGAGCAGCUCUGCGGUCACCUCGGAGCAUCCCCGGGUGCCAACGGCCACCACGGCCCCACAGCCGGCCCUGAGCCCUGAGCCUGCCCCCGCUGCCAUCGGGUGCCACCGUGCCAGAGACGAGGGGGACACCGGAGCCAUCUGCCUGCGGCUCAACGAGUCCCGGAGCUGCGAAAACUUCUUAGAGAGGAAGGGAUGGGAUUUGUGGCAAGCAGUAUGUGAAAAUAGAACCCACACCUUGGACUCCCCCUGCGAGAUCAAACUCACUCCGUCCAGCCUGGACAGGGACUGCUUGCUCCUCAUCCUCAAAGGAGAGAAAGAUCCUGACAACCUUCUGAACGCCCUCCAGAAGUCUCACUGGGAAAAGUUUGGAAUAGAAUCCCUUAAAAAGGAGAGCAGGAGGAGCCAGAGGGACUCUUCUCAGAAGACGCUGAUCGCGCUGGUCACAUCUGGGCUGCUGCUGGCCUUCCUGGGCCUGGCUGGAUAUUUCCUGAUGAAGCGGCGCAGCUGGAGCCCCGCGGGAGAGAGGCUGGCUGAAGACCCCUACUACACGGAGAGCCAGGGGAACACCAUGCUGAUGAGCCCGUCCCAGGAGCCAGCGGAGCUGCAGGAGAAGCCAAACCUCCCAAACCUCAACGGGGGCACCCAGGAGAACGGGACGGGCCAGGCGUCCUCCAAGAGCGGCCGCUCGGGCCGGCAGCAGAGCCCUGCCGACACCCAGAUGUGAGCAGGAGCCCCCAGGGCAGGGCAGGAGAUUUCUCUGCACACACAGGGAAUUGCAGACCUUCUGUACCUUUAUUAUUGCCUCUGUGGAGAGCUUCAAAACCAGCCUGAAGCACGUUGAGCUGCCCAAGAGCGGCUCCUCUGCCUCCUCCUCCUCCUCCUGCUGAGCACACAGGACUCCUCUCUGCAGCUGUUCUGUGUUUUUGUUGUUAGAAGAACAUCAGGACACAUCCCAGGGCCCUCAGCCCCUCCACAGCUUUAAAGCAGAGGCAGAGCUGGGCUCCAGCAGCCCGGAUUUCUGGUAGCAAUAUGUUAGGCUGACUAAAGUAGUUAAAUUGGGACUGCAGUGACAAAAACCUCUCAGGUUUCAGAUAGUUUUGGUUAACAGAGUUGUUUAUAAUCUCAUCUUUAUGUUUCAGUGCAGGAUUUCUUCCUCUUCUGAGACCAUCAGGCAUUUAACCCCUUCCUGUGCUUUAGGGCUCCUCUACUCUUUCCUACUCCAGCAGAAUUUGCUGAAGCUCUGUAAAACUUUCCACGUGGAAUUCAAGGCUGAAAUGUCAACUUCUUUUUCUCUGAGUCCUGCCACAGCCUCCUCCUGCCAGGGCUGGGGGUUGUGGCAGGCAGAGCCAGCAGUUUAUCCCUUGGGUGAGAUGGAGAACGCGAGGCUGGGCUCUGUGGGUGUCUGGGGCAGGAAUUUGGGAAUGGGAGGUGCCAAAGGGCUCCCGGAGGGAUGGGAGGGAGACAAAACCGCAGCUCUGCAGUGGGAAUUCCUCUCUCUGCGCCAGCAGCAGGGCCAUGAGCAAAGAGCAGGAUUUUCACUUUGGGAAGUACCAAAUCCCAGGAGCAGGAGCAGGUCUGACCCCUCUCCGUGCUGAUCCCACUCCAGGGAGGCGCUGCUGGAGCUCGGUGGGACCCAGGGCAGGUUUGUUCCCCACCCCAAACACGUUUUUAGGGAGCCAAAGCCCUGAUUGUGCCAGACAGGACGAGUUGUGGUUCAACACGAGCACCAGCAGCGACCUCCACACCCCAAAGAAGCCCAAAAACGGCCCUUGAAGCUGAUCUACCCUCUCACAAGUGAAUUCAUCCCAGAUUUCUCUCGGUGCUGAACCCCUGAGGAGAAGGGAUUUUUUUCUGGUACAGUGCUCAAAGCAAUGACAGCACCAUCCAUCACCACCUGGGGCUGGUUUUAUUUGUGGGUGCAAGAGUCACUUAAACACAAUUAAAAUAUUCCAGGCUGUU